AUGUCAGCCGAUACAGAGAACGUGUUUAGACAACUGUUCCGUAACUGGAACGUGAGGUCUACACAGCCAGGUAACAGUAGCAACCGACCCGUGCUACUGGAGUGGACAGAUUACUUUAAAUCGGGCGCAAACGACAUCUACAACAGAUUACCCACAUCCAUUCAAGAUGCUACCAACAGUAAUCCCAACAACAACGCACAAGAACCUUCAUGGUUUAAAUUGUCCAGACUCGAGCGUCUAGUUGGAUUUAGUUGCUGUCUUGGAGCUUCGAUUUUAUGCUUUAUCUUGUGCUUUUUCAUGUUUCCGGUAUUGGCAUUGCGACCAAGGAAGUUUGGGUUGCUUUGGACUGGUGGCUCUGUUUUAUUCCUUGUCUCAUUUGGUGUUUUGCAAGGUCCCCAUAGCUAUGUGAGACAUUUGGUGUCUCGUGAUCGAAUAGUGUUUACUACCGUGUUCUUCUCCUCGAUACUUUUGACCCUAUAUUCAAGUGUUGUGAUCAAGAGUAGCUUGCUUACGAUAUUUACGAGCAUUAUCGAGAUUUUAGCAGUGGCUUAUUAUACCGUAAGUUACUUCCCCUUUGGUGCUACAACGCUAACGUUUUUUACAAGUUAUAUAGUUGGCUACCUUGGUGGUUUAAUAGGAGGAAUUUUGUAA